AUGACAAUCUUUUUCAACGGCAUUCAAUCGAAUCAAAAUCUCAUUGACGUUAACGUUCCCUUGAUCUGCAUGAACGCCAACAAGGCCUUUGAAGAAUUAUGCUACUGGUGUCGAGUCGGAGAUGUACAGAAUGUUGAUAGGUUAAUAUCUACAGGAGUAAAUCUCAACGGUGUUGAUGAGUUUGAUAACUCCCCCCUCUUUUUGGCCAGCCUAUGUGGUCACGAAGCAUUAGUAAGAUUAUUAUUGAAGAGAGGGGCGGUGUGCGACAGAGAUAGGUAUGAAGGUGCUCGCUGUAUCUAUGGUGCUUUGACAGACUCCAUUAGGAAUAUUUUAUUAAAAUACGACAUUUCUAAAGCAGUCGACGUCAAGCAACCUUUCGCAACACAUAUUUCAAAUCAGCUGAAGGAUAACAACAUAAAGAGCCAUGACAUUGAAUUUCGGUUUCAAAAUCUAUCAUGUUUUAAGCUCCACAAGUUUCUUAUAGCAGCCAGAAGCCCUUAUUUCAAGCAAAAGCUCUUGGGUGCUUGGAAAAAUCGUGUUGUGAUUGAAAUGCCAUUAAAAACCUCUUCAUCAGCAUUCGAGGCCAUAUCAAAAUUUCUUUAUUUGGUACCAGUGUUGCAUGAAAUAAACUCUUCUGAUUAUGAUACAUUAAAACUUUUCUGCAGAAAACUAAACCUCCUAGAACUGCUAGAGUGUUUGGAAAAGAUCCACCAUGUAAUGGAUGCAUCAGAAAGAUCAAGACUUAUAGCAGAAUACCAGUUCAAGUUCACUGAGAGCGCACGGGAGGAUUUAACUAGCUUUCUCCACGAAGAAAUCAUUUGCCAGAAAAAAUCGAUUAGAUGCGAAAGUGGAGUACUCAAAACAUUGAGGAUUCCUUCGCCUACUUCUUCGUUUGCCGACGUGUACGUUCAGGUGAAAUGUGAUCCCGAGGCCGAAAAAAGUUGGGUCUAUCCAUGCCAUAGGUCAAUUUUAGCGAGAUGUGAGUAUUUCAAAAUUAUGUUCUCUUCUCGAUUUUGGGAGACUACCUAUUAUGAUCAGGAGGCGAAUCAAAAUUUGGCUUCUCUCCCGAUUAUCACAUUACCGACUUCUAACACAGAGGUCGCAGAAAUUAUAUUGUCUUACUUAUACUAUGACAGAACAGAAAUUCCGUGGAAUUUGUCAAUUGGGGUCUUACAAGCGGCCGAUGCAUUAUUGAAUGACCGUUUAAAGACAAUGGCAGCAAUAUCGAUAACCCAAUCAAGAGAACUUUUAAACCACAUCUCUAUAUUUAAGAUACUCGAGAUUGCAUGGGAAACAAGAAUGGAGAGGCUAGAACACUAUGUAGCUGAAAUCAUUGCUAACAAGCUUGAUUAUUAUUCAAUGGAAAGUGACUUUAAAAAAGCCGUGAUCUCAAGUUCGAAGAGAAUUCAGGAUCGUGAAGAAACUGACACCAUCGAGCUCAUAGAUGAUAUUAGGUACUAUCUAUUGAAGAAGCACAAUUUGGAUACUGAAGACAUUGAAAUUUUAGAAAUAGAAACUGAUAUUGAAUUUUUGAAAAACUCCGGAAUAAUAGCAUACAAGGAAGAUCUGAAGUUGAUCGAUAAUUUGCUUGCGACUUUAGGUCUGGAAGCAUAA